AAGUUGGAUUCUCACUCACUCGAAUCAGGUACUUGAAUCUAUCUCUGUUAUCAAUGGCCUGUUGAUGUUUAUUUGAGCCGUCGUUUGGGAGAUUUUGUAGGAAAAGAUCUGGCUAUUUUCUUGACUAGGUUUGAGGCUUUUGAUGCGGCUAUUAAAUAUUGAUAAGUUAUUUGAUGGCAACGAUAGUUUUGAGUUACGUGCAAAAUUUGUGGCCUUUCUCGUGGAUGAAGUUCGAUGACUUGAAAGUUUCGGAUGGAUUAGUUCGCAAAUUGUCGGUGCCCAAAUCCACGAAACAAUUUGUUUUUGCGCUGCGAGAACCAGAAUCUCAGGCUGUGAUAUAUAUGCUAUGUGUUCAGAAUUUAUCUGAGAGAUCGGUUUUGGACACUGAGUACCUUGUUAGGGAAGUUCGACCUGAUGCUGUAGUGGUUCAAGUGGGUCCUGGCGUAUUGGAUGAGAUUCACCGGAGAGAAACUGAAGUCAGGACCGACAUUGAUGAAUCAGUUCCAACUUCGUCUUUUGAGGUUUUGAAGAGGUGCUUUGUUCAUAAAGUGAACAAAGACAGGUAUGAAAAUGUGGCUGGGAGCUUGGUUUUCAAGGAGAUUUUUGGAAUUGGCUUACAUGAACAUUUCUUUGCUGCCAAAAGGGUGGCUGAGCAAGUUGGCUCGUCCUUCUUGAUGGUUGAAUCUCCGUUCGUGACAUGUUGCUCCGACAAAAGUUCCAUGGGUGAAGUUGAAUCAACAAACAACUUCCAAGCGUUAGCUUUACAAUCUAACAGUUUGGUUCCACAAAACUUGAAUUUGGUCAUUCCCUUAAACUCUAGGAGAUUUCGUCUUGCAAACGACAUUCAUCCUCAGAUGAUGAAGUCAUUAUCUUCGUAUUUAACUGAGUCAAGUUCUGUUCUGGAGGGUGGUUCUGGAGAGUUUCAGCCAUCGGCAGAUUAUGAGGCCCCACCAUUUGCCCAGUCCAUUUAUCCCUUGCUUGCAGAUUUGCACAACAUUUUUAUUGGCAUACCAUCUAUUGGAAGGGCUUUAGCUAAUGCUCAAAAGAUGCUAAAGGACGUGAACAAAGGAGAAACAGUUGAUGUCAAACUCCUGUCUGAAGUUUACAUCUUUCGAAUUGCAGUUGAAGGAUUGAGAAUUGCUUUAAGCAAUGCAGGUCGGCUUCCUAUUCAGAAAAUGAGGGACCAGGACUCAGCUAUAACUGAGUUUUCAGAGCUUGAUGUUGAGGAAAAGUCAUAUUCUCUCCUAGCACAGGCCCUCAGAAGCCAGACUAAGAAGUUUAAAUCCAUUGUGGCAAUAGUUGAUGCUAGUAGCUUGGCUGGUAUCAGGCAACAUUGGAAUAGUCUUGUACCCGUGGAAGUCAAGGAUAUGAUUGAACAGCUGAUCACAAAUUGUGAGAAUGAUGAUGAAAGCUCAAAUCACAAUGGAAAAAAGGGACUAUUAACUGGUAAACCAGUGGUGGCAGUGGGUGCUGGAGCCACUGCCGUUAUAGGAGCUUCAUCCCUGUCAAAAGUUGCACCUGCAUCAACCUUCAUGAAGGUUCUUACUUUCAAAGUUCCUGCUUCGCUUAAACUAUUUAUGACCCAGACCCAAAAAACAGUUGCUAUAGCACUUAGUAAGACUGUUGGUCCAUCAAAAGUGGUAGUCCCAGGAUUUGCAAGCACUGGAGCCAAAACAACGUCUGCCUUGAAGGCAACUGCUUCUACUGAAAAAAUCCGGGCUGUGGCUCAUAGCAUGAUAGCAUCUGCAGAGAGAACGAGCCUUUCGGCCAUGAGAACAGCAUUUUAUGAAAUAAUGAGGAAACGACAGGUCCGGCCAAUUGGUUUUCUACCAUGGGCUACAUUUGGGUGCAGUAUUGCUACUUGCACGGGGUUGCUUGUGUAUGGUGAUGGAAUGGAAUGUGUUGCCGAAUCUUUUCCUGCCGCUCCUUCAAUUGCCAGGCUGGGUCGUGGAAUCCAAAGUUUGCACCUGGCCUCCCAAGCAGCGGGACAAGCAGAAGGCUCCAGGAUACAGAAAUCUAUUGAAUCCCUAAUGUACAAAUUUAAGAAAGUAAAGGCUCAGUAAAGUAAGAGAGUUUCUAUUGGCUGUAGCAAGUGAUGCUUUCCAGAAAUCGAUUGACGCUUAAAUAUUACUUUUCUAAUGUA